GGGAAAGAAGGAAAAGCAUCAUUAAUUCUGCUUUCUGUCUGCUCUAUCACCGAGAGCUGGGCUCUGGCUGAAUAGUUCUCCAGGGAAGAGAACUUGUAAGAGACGUGAUGAACAUUGAAGUGAACAAUGUUUCUUACACCAAAGCAACUAUCUCCUGGUCCACGCUGGAGCCCUGUCUGGACAACAGUUACCACGUCAUGUACAGGCCCAACUGGAACAGCAUCUUCUCAGGCUACCUUCGCCACCCUUUUCACCAUGAAGAAAGAGUGCCCCGAACGCUCAGCUCCCUGGUCCUUCGCCAACUCGCUCCAUCCACUCUCUACUUCCUGUGCAUCACCUGCAAGAAUUCCUACCCCUCCAGCAACCACUGCACUAUGUUCCACACUCUGGAUAAAGGCACCAGAGCUUCUCCCGGCUCUCAGCUGGAUGCUGGCGUAUCUCUCUGGGUAGUCACCGCUCUUCUCCUUGCUUGCUUCAUGGCCAUCUUAGCUUUUUUCUGCCUGCAGUUCUGGUGUCUGAGAUGCCAUGAGCCACGGUGGGCAUACCACUCCAGCCAGCAGGAAGAAGCUGAUGAGUUGGUGAGGUGGGCUGAGGAUGCUCCGGGCCGAGGGCAGAGGGAGGAAGACCUGCAGGAGUUUCCCAUGACAGUGCUACUGACCAAGGCUUCCACCGCCAUCCCUGAGAGCUCCCACAGUUCUCCCUCUGCCUGCCUCUCCCACAAGGGGACUAACGAUCAAGCUGCUGUAUUUCCUCAUUGUGGACUAUGAAUGAUAGAUGAGUGGUUAGAGAGAUGUGCCAAAGGAGUGCAGCCAAUUUCUUGACAUGUGCUUAAGUAAUAUUGGUUAAUUUGCUUUUUUUUUUCCUUUGUCAAAAGAAAAAUUUCCUUUUUCUUUUCUCUUAUUCUAGGGGAGACAAAAUUUAAGGUUUGGAUCGAUGUUAAAUAAAAAACCCCCACAGCCUCUAGCACAUUGUGGCUUCUAUCUAUUCUCAUCUCAAGUGCAAAACAUAUAUUUCCCACCCCUACCUACAUUCUGGAAGGGGAGAGCACAGAGUGGCGUGUAGAGUGGCAGAAAAUAAUAGAGAUUACUUAGUCCAACAAUCCCCCAUCUACCAUUUUAUAUUGGAAGAAGUGAAGCUUUAGGGAGACCGUAUGAAUUUAAACUGUGUGGGAAAAAGGACUGGCCUUAGAAUAUGAUAUCUAGUUCCUUUAUGGCCAUAGACAAGCCAAUUAGCCCCAAUGAUCCUGAGGACAGUGACGUUUGCACCAGAGAGGAAGUAUGGCAUCCUGGACUGAAAGCUGGCCUGGGACGCAGGGAGACCUGAAUUCAAAGUCCCACCUUGAACCCACACUGGCAAUGUGUUCCCAGGCAAACCAUUUAAACUUUCAACGUUCCAGAAGAUUAUUCCCCCUUCCAAAAUUAAGAGUUACAGAACAGAUGUUGAUCCUCAUUGAGGGAAGAAGUUCUUCAUGAAGAGCACCCAAUACAAAGGAAAUUGCAGAUUCAGUCAAGAAUAAAAUCAAAGAGAAAUCUGUGUACUCUCUACUUUGUAAGGGUAUUGAGAAGAAAGGACUUAAGCUAACUUUUAAGAAUAAGUAUAGGUAAUUAAUGUUGCCCAAGAUCACACACUCUCAUUCCCCUGGGGGUUAUUUUUAUCAAUUCGGAGUCCCAAGCCAGAUGCUUGGGAAAGAUCUUGAUAAUUAAUAGUGGUAGAUGUUUGUUUAACUGAGAGGAAAACUUUUCUUGAAUUUUGAUUGGAUUUACUAUAAUCUUCUUAAAUAAUUGAAAUGUUCAGCUCUUUUGUUUCUCCUAUUACAAAGCCCCCUGACAUGAAACUUCCUUCUUAGGUGAACUCACCUUGUGGAUGAUGGUCCAAAAAAGGCACAAUGGCCGUAGGCUGGAUCUGUGCAUAUAUAUAUAUGUACAUAUACAAUGUAAAUAUAAAUAGCAGGAAGGGAAAAACAUUAGAUCAGUGUGAAAUGAGGGUUUGCUGGCCCUUAAGGCUGAAACCAGCGAGCAAAGAUAGACAUCUCUACACUCUCCCUAACACCACCAGCAUCCAUCCCUUCCCUCCACUCUACACCUAUGUCAUCACUUAGCAGAAUCACAGGACUAUAUGAGCAGCCUAUAAUUAGUAUAUAAAGAAAGAAGUAAAAGAAGUACCCAAGCUUAGAGAGGAUCAUUAUAUACCCUCCUCCUAUUCUCAAGCCCUUCAUGAUAGUGAUUAUGUGACCAGGAUAAAAUAAAAUACCAUGU